UUAGUAAACCUAGGCUAGAAAAAGAUUGAAAUGAAAAUAAGAGCAUAUUUGAUAUUCCUCCUAUCAGUCCGUCCACACUCCACAAUUCCCACGUUCGGGUUCCUGGUUCCACUCUUUUCAUAACUGCCUGACCAAACCAGCAAUACAUUUGUUCUUGUCUUCUUCUCUCUGUUUCCUAAACCCAACAGUGUCCUCCUCUCUUGUCUCCAUCUCCACACAAGAUUUCCUUUUAAUCUCCAUAAAACAAGUCAGACGAAGAAAGUAGAAGAAGAAGAGGAAGCUUCCUUAGUUUCAUUUGUUAUCUUUUCCUCUGUGAAACACACCAAAGAAACAAGAAAUGUUGAGGUCUUCAGUACCCAUUUGGGUUCUCGGUUUCUCCUUCUUCUCGCUCGCUUCUUCCAUUACUUCCCAAGAAAUCCCUAUUUCUCAGGCUUAUUCUCCGCCAGUGGGAGCUCAGUCCCCAGGGCCUCCCAUUGUUAAAGUGGUGCUUCGCCAGGACUUGAACAAGAAGAUUCUUAUUGCUCUCAUAGCCUCAUCAACACUCCUCUGUGUCACUGUAAUAUUCCUUCUCUACCUCUUGCUAUGGAGGUACAGAUAUAUGAAGAACAACUUCACCGGGAUCAACCCAAAUCAUCAUCCUGAUUCUGUGAGGAGUAGUGUGUCCACUAAACCGAUAAUACACAAGAUUGAUUCUGUGACGAAAGGAACUAUCCCUGUCUAUGAAUAUCAACUCCUGGAAACUGCAACAAACAAGUUUAGCGAGAGCAAUGUGUUGAGCCGAGGUAGUCGUGGAUGCCUAUACAGAGCCUGUCUUGAUGAAAAGUCAUCUGUCACUGUGAAGAAAAUUGAUGGUGGUGGAGAUACAGACAUUGAAAAACAGUUUGAGAAUGAGGUAGAUUGGUUGGCUAAGAUCAAGCAUCAGAACAUAAUAUCCAUGUUGGGGUUUAGCGUCUAUCGCCAAACGAGAUGUAUUGUGUAUGAGAUGAUGCAGAAUGGAUCUUUGGAGAGUCAGUUGCAUGGGCCUAGUCAAGGUUCAGGUUUAACUUGGCAGCUUAGGAUGAAAAUCGCUGUUGAUAUAGCACGAGGAUUAGAGUAUCUUCACGAGCACUGCCAUCCUCCGGUAGUUCACAGAGAUUUGAAAUCCUCUAACAUCCUUCUAGACUCCCAUUUCAACGCAAAGAUAUCAGAUUUUGGGUAUGCCGCUGUGUUGAUGACUCAGAGGAAGAAUCUGAAGCUUAAUGGAACUUUAGGAAACAGAGCUUCCCAAUAUAUUGUUGAUGGGAAAGUAGCAGACAAGAAUGAUGUCUACUCAUUUGGGGUGAUUCUCCUCGAACUACUCCUGGGGAAGAGAUGGGUUGAGAAACCAUCAACAACUGAAUCAGAAUCAGUUGUCACUUGGGUACCUAAGCUGAGUGAUAGAGCUAAUCUACCAAACAUAUUGGAUCCGGCAAUAAAAGGAAGCAUGGAUUUGAAGCAUCUUUAUCAGGUAGCAGCGGUGGCAGUGUUGUGUGUGCAGCCAGAGCCGAGUUACAGACCACUUAUAACCGAUGUCUUGCACUCCCUCAUCCCUCUUCUACCCCUAGAUCUCGGCGGAUCACUGCGGAUUUUGUAAACACACAUUUUCAUUUCCUUUAUUGUAAUCUUUUCUUUUUGAAUGUUUGUUGGUUCUUGUGCAAAUUCCACUUAUGAUCUGUUUUUUUUUUU